GUUCUGCUCUCUUUGCAAUGCUAGACAUAAUUCUCCUUCUCCCUCUGCCAUGACAAAUAAUAGACCGACCCGUCACCGCUAAAAAUUCAUUCACGCCAGCUAUAGCGCCCCAACUGGGGAGAAAAGUAGCAAGGAUUGGGGACGAUGGAGCACGGCGCGUCCCGACUCGAUACUUCCUUCGCUUCUGGGGACGGGAACGCGGUGCUUUAUGCUCUACCAUCGACUUUUUCGCCUUGGGUUAGCGACGAACCUGAUGAGGACAGUGACCCGAAUUCCACCCGCUCCGAGGCUCGGGACACGCUGUCGUCACCCGAAACGGCCAGGCAUUUCUCGCCGGCCGCUGUCAACACAAAUGCGGCGAGAUCCCCGGCGACGCCCCAGGCGACGCCCCUAGAGCAUACCGCCACGGCGACGACACCAGGUCCGGUUGACUUAGACAUGAUGCUGAGGCCGGCCGAUCAUGGUAUGCAUCCGAAAACGGAGGUAGUCAUCACCGCUGGUGGUCCUAGUAUAGCUCCAGCACACGCACUCGCUGGCGCACCGCGACGGACUAAAUUCAGAGAGAUGAUUGCUCAUUCUCCCGCGCGGAUUUUCAGGAAGAACAAGUCGCCCUCGUCCCUCAACGCCGGGUAUGAGGCGGUGGGAGAACCCGAACCCCCCGCAGCCUUGACAGAGGGCGGACCGGACGAGUUCCCCAUGUCUUCGGUAUCUCAUAUACGUCAACCCCGUACGGAGAUCCAUCGUAGCCAGGAUGACGAGUUUGGUGGCGGCGGCGGCCUCGAGGAAUUAGCCGAAAAAUACGCUCGACCUCCCUUGGACUGCCGUGCAAGGCGAGACGUUUAUAUCAAACGACGAAGCUGGGCAUACGUCGUAUUGAUGACUUUGUCCAUAUACUCCACCGUCAUGAGCGGCGUCUGGUUCGUGGCCUCGAUCUAUCAGCCGCGGUACGGACGGGGAAUAUCGUCCAGCGAAGGCUGGAAGAUGGCACCCUCCACGGCGACAUUGCUUUGCACGCUGAUUGCCAAGUCGAUCGAAUUGUCCUUCGUGACGGUUUUUGUCGCGUUCCUGGGCCAGGUUCUGACCUGUAGGGCCUUUAGCAAGAGCUCCAAUGGUGUGACGCUUGCUGAGAUGACGAUGAGAAAUUGGGUCAUUCAACCGGGUUCUCUGCUCACGUAUUGGGAAGGAAUUCCUAACGCUGCCCCAACUCUUCUAGGUCUGCUGACGCUGAUCGCCACCCUCUGCAGCAUGUUCUACAUCACAGCCUCGGAUGCCAUGAUCUCCCCUAAGCUCAAGUUCGGAGAGUGGGAAUCCCGCCAACUAGAAGGGCUAGUCAAAGCCUCGUACGCCAACCCCUAUUAUGUCCAGACGGCUUGCUUGACACCUAUCGAUCGUACCAUGGACGUGAACAAUUCGGGGCCGUCCUGUCUCGAUGUCCAGUACUCGGGCCAAUCGUAUCGUAACUUGCUCGCAUUCUUGGGAGAGUGGCACGCAAUUCGCGAGAACGGCACCUCGACGAUCGACUACCUGAGCGGGAGACCCAAAGGGACACACACCCUAUCUGACGAUACGACGAUGCAAUCUACUUGGAUCGAGACGGAGUUUGCGGAUCCACGGUCCAGCUUCGCACGCUACAGCCGCAUCAUCAACAACGUCACGCUUGCCAUCCCGCAUCCGGGUAUCUCAGCGGCGGCAACCGACCCCCAUAACGACAUCCUACAACCCAACGACCUAGCCGGUGUCGGCGAGUACUCCAUCCGAGCCAGCGUCGUAUCGCCUGCCAUCAAUGUCAUGUGUGUCAACAUGGCUCCCCAUGAGCUAAGCCCCCUAGUGUACACCGAAUGGCCUAAUCCUCGGACGGAACCGACCAACGUUCCCGGGCGGCGCGUCGCCGUGGUUGACUGGGCCAAUGACGUACCGGUAGCGACGGACGGUGAGUGGCUGAACCGGACCGCGGUGGACGAUAUAUUUCGAUGGGGACCCCAGUAUCGUCGUCGGCCACCUGUCUUCCAGAUGUUCCCCCUGGACUUUAAUAUGAUCACCAAUACCACGGUGUUCUUCUCAGACUCGGUGUACACCCUGAUCAAAUCGAGCACAAUUGAGGAUUUCACACUGUGCGAGAUGCGGUCGUGGGUUACGCAAAAGUGCUCGACCGAGUUUGACGUCUCGGGCAUAUUGGGGAGUAGCAUGCGCGCGCACUGCGAAGAUCCGGAUGAUGCGAACUCGUACGUCCGAGGCUCCGGCAACGAAGAUGCCAACGACCCACCUUACCUCUCGGGAGACUGGAGGAACGUGGCCGACCAAUGGCGCCUGUCGAUGGACUUGAACGGCGGCAUACAGAGCAACAAUGCAAGCAACGCGCGAAUCAUGUCACACCUCAUUCUCCAGGAGCCCGCUCUCGACCCUCUCCUACCCUCUAUAGCGGAGGCCCUCGCCGUCCUCGGCUCUUCAACCCUCGUUUCGUCGUCCCUCAGCUCCACCUACCGCGCCCGCUGGGACUACCCGAACGUGGAUUUAGGGCCCGGGGUCUACGAGGCGUUCCACGUGUCGCUACGCACGCAGCAGUACACGUCAUCGCACAUCGCGACCUGGCAGGCGGUGGUCUUCUACCCGCUGCUGGGCGGCGUGUUCCUCAUCAACCUCGCCGGCCUGCUGUACCUCACGCUGUCGCGGCGCGGGCUCGUCGCCGACUACACGGAGCCGCAGAACCUGUUCGCCGUGGCCGUCAACUCGCCGCCGAGCCGCGCGCUCUCCGGCAGCUGCGGCCACGGGCCCGACUCCAGCGAGAUGGUGGUGCCCUGGCGCGUCGGCUACUCGUACGCCGCCAACCACUACUUCUUCCAGGAGAUGGGAAAAAACGAACGCGGCGCCGGGCGAGGCGGACAGUACAAGGAGGACGGAGACGGCGAGGCGCACCAGUACCACUUGGAACAGUCGCAGCGCUCUCCGUCCCAAACAGGGUAUAUCAGUGCCGACCGCCAGAGCGCGACGAGCGGCUCGGACCUGCUGUCGGCGCAUAGCCUGCACCGGAGCAAUUACCACAGACUCAGCGGUAGCCGGGCGUGGCUGUGAAGUCAGCCUCCCCCUUCCGGUUGGAUUACAGCUGGCGCCUUAAGGCGUGGCGCCUCUUGCGUAUUUUUGCGGAUGAUAGCAUGGUAUCGGGCGCAUAAGAGGAGCAUAUAGGUGUUGGCGUUAGGAACUUGCUCUUAGCUUUAGAAGGGCAGGGGGGGGGACAAACAAAGACGGGGCAAGGCUUAUAUACUAAAGGAAUGUGGAAUCACGGGAAAUAAAGGGAUAUAUAUAUUUCUCUGAUUAGGUCCUGAUAACAGACUUAUCCGAGAUCACUUAUCAUUAAAAGGACCGACACACAUGUUGUCCUCGCGAGACGCAAAUCGGGAAAAGGGGACGUUGGGGGAGUUCACG